AUGCAAAGGAGCACAGGUUUUAUUUUUCCAGCUAUAUUUUUGUUGGGGAUACUUUUGUAUUUAGAUUUUGGAGCAGGAAUAUUUCCUUAUGAACCCACAUUCAUCAGUGAAUGGAACUACGUAAAAGCACAAGAUGAUACGAAAAGCGAACUUUUCGUUCAUUUCCCAGAUAGCGUUGACAAAACAACAAGACCCGUAAAAGUAAUUGUGGAAGUAAGGGUCAAAGAUGGCGGGAACUCGUACAUUUUUAAUGCGUUCGGUUCUUCUACACGAGACGAUGACAGUGCAGAAAAAUAUGGCGGAGUUAUAUAUUUCUAUAAUGCAAGUGGUGUUAUUAUUCUGUUGCCAAGCAGUACCAACCAAUUCAAAUCCGGAGGAGCUGUGUAUUGUGGUGAAAAGAAAGAUUGGUAUUACCCAACUUCUCAUGAAAAUAAAACUAUUAAUGAAAUAGAUUUUGUCGAGGCCGAAGUUCGAGUAAAAAUGUGGCAACAAAAGGACAUGCCUCCACGUUAUGACUCUGGAUUCGUAUACACGAUGACUUCAAGGAACCUCAGUAAAGGCGCAGGAAGGCCUGCAUGCCUAAGAUGUGGUUUUCAAGCUGGAAGUCUGACGUUUGCAUUCAAUGCUUCUCAUGUUCGCCUAUGGGUGAAGUACAUAUAUCCAGUAAUAAGUGCAAUGGACGGAUGGGGAAGAAACGAGUAUUAUCAUUUUGGGACACGUGCAGUUAGAGUCAGAAUCCUUGCCUGGACGCUUGAAAAUGCAGUAAACUUGAGUAGAAUGACAACAAAGAUUGGAGACCAUACAACCACAACCCCAAAAUUGGUCUUUCCAAGUGAAACUGUCACAAAAGAUCUCCUUGUGCAGGUUUUGAUUCGUCCCUUGAGUGGCCCCAAUGGUGGUUUCUCGUUUUAUGGAGCUGGUUCAGUGGUCACGUUUGGUGGUUAUGGUACUUCAAACAGAUAUUCUGGACUGGUGUACGGCUACAACAACUUCGGCGUUUACGUCUGGAGAGUGAAACCUACCAAUAUGUCGUAUGUAUUCGAUAUUGAUUAUCCAUGGGGAAGUGGACGACAAAGACAACAAACAAAUGACGUGGAAAUCGACAUUCGUGUGAUUGAAUUGAUGAAGAAAGCUAAAAGAACGUGCAUGUGUCCUUGUGAUAAGGUUCAUGCAGCAAAGUACACAAGCACCAAAGAAGAAGCAUUAACUAAAGAAAUUGUGAAGAUGAAAAAAGAACUCAUGGUUUUCAAAAAUGAAACAUCUGUUGCCAUGAAAAAGAAGAUUAGUGUAAAAGAUUCACGACCGUCUGCCGUAGCUUCCGGUGUUGUUUGGGUGAUAUUUCUGUUAGCUAUGGUUGGUUUCAUCGUUAUUCCAGAUGUGAUAUCAGGGGUUAGAUAUAAACUUCCGGUGCUCUUUAGGUGA